AUGCACUUUACCAAGUUUACCGUUCUUGCCUUGGGUACCCUGGUCAUUGCUCACCCUGGAGUCCACGAGCCUAAUUCGUAUUCAUCUAUGGCCAAGCGGGACUUCUUGAACGGUGCUCGUCGCUCCCUGGACCUCUGCGCGGAGCAUCUGGAGAAGCGUGGAAUCAAUGACCGCGCUCGGGCUCGCCGUGCUGCCAUCUUUGAUGCCCACAAGAAACAAGUUUUGCAGACGCGCGACACCAACAAGACCGUUGGUACCAAUCACAAAUCAUCUCUCCAUGUGACUGCUUCCACCUCCGAGUCAGACCUCUUUUCGCAAAACCCGGUCUGUAUCCUCGCCCCCGAGGGUGAGGUUGGGCCCUUCUGGGUUAAGGGUGAGCUCAUCCGUAAGGAUGUCUCCGACGGCCAAGCGGGUGUUCCUCUGAUCAUGGACGGCCAGUUUAUCGACAUUAACACGUGCGAGCCCAUUGAGGCGCUGUACUGGGAUGUCUGGAACUGCAACUCGACAGGUGUCUACUCCGGUGUCCAAAGUUCCAUGAAUGGCAAUGGCAAUGACGCCUCCAAUCUCGACAAAACCUUCCUCCGUGGUAUCCAGAAAACGGAUUCGGAUGGUGUGGCCCAGUUCAAGACUGUUUUCCCCGGGCACUAUUCCGGUCGUGCUACUCACGUCCAUGUCAUUGGCCAUACCAAUGCCCACGUUCUUCCUAACAAUACCCUUACUGGGGGUCAUAUUUCCCACGUCGGUCAGCUCUUCUUUGACCAGGAUCUGAUCAGCCAGGUUGAGGCUACCUACCCGUACAACACUAGCACUGUCGCUAUUACCAAGAACAUUAACGACCAUGUUGUCCAGGAUGAGACCGAAGACUCAGCCUCUGAUCCUUUCUUCGAGUAUGCCCUGCUUGGAGAUUCUAUUGAGGAUGGUGUUUUUGGCUGGGUUACCCUGGGUGUCAAUGUUUCUGCUAGCUAUGAUUCGGAUGCUACUUAUGCUGCAUACCUUACUUCUAAGGGUGGUGUUAGCACCUAA